UUUGCCUCCGUAAGUAAACACUAAAGAAGAAGAAGAAGCUGGUUUCUCUGGUAGUAGUUGUCGUCCACAACCCCAGCAGUUCUGCAGCUGGAUUGUACUGUGAAGAGAACGACGGAAGAACAGUGGGAGCAAAGCGACAAACACUGAGCAUACACACUGUCGCUGUAUAUUGGGAGUACAUGGACUCUGUGAACAGCCCGAACUGAACUGGGAUCAGACUGACAAACAAGAUGAGUGACGCCGCUGUGGACACGAGCACGCUCUGCCUCUUCGACGUUGACGGCACGCUCACGGCCGCGAGACAGCGCGUGACUCCAGACAUGGCAGAGUUCCUCGAGAAGCUGAAGACUCAGGUUCGAGUCGGAGUGGUAGGAGGGUCAGACCUCUGCAAGAUCAAAGAGCAGCUGGGAGAUGAUGUGAUCCAGAAAGUGGACUAUGUGUUUGCUGAGAACGGUCUUGUAGCCUAUAAGAAUGGACAGCUCCUCUCUGUCCAGUCCAUCCAGGCCCACAUGGGAGAAGAGCUACUACAAGAUUUCAUCAACUUCUGUCUCAACUACAUGGCCAAGAUCAAACUGCCUAAGAAAAGGGGGACAUUCAUUGAAUUCCGUAACGGCAUGUUGAACGUGUCCCCUAUUGGACGCAGCUGUACGCAGGAAGAGAGGAAAGAGUUCUACGAACUAGAUCAGGGAGGAAAUGACUACGAGAUCUACUGCGACCCUCGGACCAUCGGCCAUGAAGUCUCCUGUCCAGAGGAAACACGACAGCUUUGUCAGCAGCUUUUCCUCUCCUGAGAGAGAGAGAGAGAGAGAGAGAGAGAGACCUAUAUAAUGCAGACAGAGCCGGUGUCAUGGUGUCUUUGAUAACGCAGAGGAAGGAGAGGGAAGAGCCACUGACACACAAGAGGAGGGAUUUCACGGUAUUUUGGGUCAUGGUUUGAAUGUUAAAGUAAUGGUUUGAAAAGUGAUCAGUUAAGUUCUUUAAAUGAGAUUCUGACUCGUGCUCUCUCAUUACCUCGUGGUAAACGUUGAGCCAUGGUCCUUCCCAACAUACACUUAGCAGACUAAUGCAUCUUUCAUCCACAUGUAAUUCAGAUCAAUCAUGAUUUUGAUCAUGAAAACAAAACUCAACUGGAAAUCUGUUUGCUUGGAUCUAUCGUUCCAGGUACUGCACGUCAAUAUCAGCUGAUUCUGAAUCUGCUUUUACUGAACCACAACUACCAUGUGACCCACUGUGCCUGUAACUAGCUGUGUCAAACACACAAAUACAGAGGACUACAUGCCACAGUUAAAGCUGCAGU